GCACAGACACCCGCUCCGCUGCGCCAUCGUACCUUAUAGAAAACAGCAGUGAAUAUUUGUACACAUUUAAUUAUCUUAUCGUCGCGUCUUCAGCACUUCUGACCACGUCCAGCACACGAAUCCGUUUACAAUCGACGCUAUAUUAGGAUUUCAGCUUGCACACGUAGCUGCCUACAACAAUGCUGAAAAUCGCAGCGGAAGGCAUCGCUCCACGUCUGGCGGCCUGUUGCCUUAUCAAUAGCAGCGCCCAGAGCAGCUGCCAGCGAGUGGCGCCACAGGCGGCAAAAGCCACACAGAAAUGCCUCUCACAAUCCCACAUGCUCCACAAGAAGCUGGUGAUCAAGGAUCACUACGAUUUCGAUCAGAAGGUCAUAAACAGCGACAAUCCGGUAAUUGUGAACUUUCAUGCGGAAUGGUGCGAUCCCUGCAAAAUACUCACGCCCAAAAUGCUGGAGCUAUUGGAGAAUUCGAAUGAAAUCGAUUUGGCGAUCAUCGAUGUGGAGGCCAAUCUGGAUUUGGUGGAAACGUUUGAGGUUAAGGCCGUGCCCGCCGUGCUGGCCUUUCGCAACGGCGUCGUCGUGGACAAGUUCAUCGGCCUGGUGGAUGCCAACAGCAUAGAGACCCUCAUCGACAAGCUCAAGCGCAAGCAGCAGCAGAAUCAGUAGCUUCAACUGCAGCAGCAGCAGGAGGAGAAGUAGCAGUAGCAGCAGGAGGAGGAGGGGGAGAAAUAGCAGUAGCUCCUCUUGCUUAGAUAUUAUUGUAUUUUGCGGCCUUAAGAAUUUAAUUGGUGCACGGCACAGCGGGUGACGGCGGGGCGGGAAAAUUAUGAUUACGAUAAUAAUUGAUUGAUUGAUUGAUAUAUAUGUAUAUCGCAAUAGGCCGUCAAGCAUAUUGCUCAGUAAACCUUGCGGCUCGCUUUCUCGAGUCACGGCCAGUCUGUAAGCUAUGGCAAUAACUAAACUCCUUAAUAAUACUAUAUAGUUAAAUGCGCAUUAGUUAGUUACUGCUACUUAGUUAGUAAGCUAACCAUCUAAUGUAAGACUUCAAAUUUCAACGCCUUAGUAUUGUGUGUGUGUUUCUUUUCUUUAAUAGUUGCUAGCAGAUUCUGUAUAUUUAUAUUAAUCAAAUGUCGUUAGCAAAGAAAUUAAAUUGUUAUUAAACAUAAACAAAUAUUGCAAUUGUAUGCCAAAUAACCAUAGAGCUUACGUAAUAACAGGCAGAAGGAAGCUUCUCCGACCCCAUAAAGUAUAUAUAUUCUUGAUCAGCACCAAUAGCC